AUGAAUAUGAUGAAAGCUUCCGUCGUACAUUACGUAGGUGCCCCAAUACAGAAGAGUAUUCAACGAGCUUUACAGGCAGACGGUAUCACCCCAUUGAAGGUUGUGGGCGAAGUUCAUUUACAGCUGAAUCGUGGCGACCACAAUUUGACCCUCGAUGCUUUGGUUGUUGAAGAUCUUGAUGUAGACGUACUAGCAGGAACACCUUUUAUGACCCAACAUGACAUAUCCGUUAGACCUGCCAUGUGUCAAGUCAUCAUCAAGGACAACGAUGUCAUCCAAUACGAUUCUUCAUCAACUACCACACAUUCUUCAGCUGUUAGGCGCACCCAAGCCUAUGUGUUACGUGCACCUUCGUUCUCUACCACUGUUUGGCCAGGGGAUUAUUUAGAACUAACACUACCAGGUGAACUUCACUCUGAAGAGAUCUUAGCUUUAGAGGCCCGUUACGAUACUGGUGCGCCGAAAAUGUCAACCAAAAUUUGGCCACAACCCAGCCUUACCGAACAAGUUGGAGGAAAAAUUCGCAUUGCUAAUGAUACCGAUCAACCACAAACUCUCAAACGCCAUGAGCACUUCUGUCAAGUAAGACGUGUCCAAACUAUCACAGAUACAGAUAAUCUUGCUUACCCACCGGCCAAACCAGUCCUGUCUGCAGUUUUGAAAGACACUACCUUUUUCUCUGAUAUAGUCAAAUUAGAUCCAGAUUAUAUUUUACCACAGUCUGUUCGUAGAGAUUUCCAAUCGGUCAUGCAAGAGUUCGAUUCUGUUUUUGAUCCUACAAUAACAGGCUAUAAUGGAUCCGUUGGUCCCUUUCAAGCCAUCGUCAAUAAGGGAUCUGUGGAACCCCCUCAACGAAAAGGUAGAAUCCCCCAGUACUCAAAAGAUAAACUACAAGAGUUACAAGAUAUUUUCGACCAAUUGGAAUCGAAACUUCCACAGCCAGUAGCUGAACAGUCCACACAACCUUCACCACAAUCUAUUGGGAUCUCAUUUGCUGCUGAUGUAUUGAAAGGUUGCAAGCAACUCAUUUUCCUUCUACGUGAAACAGACUUUGUUCGUGUGGAUUCAGCGCCUGGUUUCGUAGCUCUUCGUGAAGAUUCUGCUUUGCUUCAACUCGGAAUUACUUUAGACAUGGGUCGAAUAAAGAAUCCUAAUAAGAAUCCGGUCGCAGAGAAAGCUAUUGCUGAAUUGAUAGAUGAAAUUGUACGAUAUCAACCAGAAGGAGGAUCGGUCACACCUCUUGGCUUAUCCAUCGUUGCGUCCAAUUUAAAUUCACGUCUCCGAAAUAGAGGCCUUUCUUCUCGCGAGAUAUGGACUCAGCGCUGCCAGUUUGAUAACACCCAGUUACCAAUUUGUGACCGUGAUCUGAUUCUACAACAGUAUGAAUCUCGUCUUAGGAACCAUCCUUAG